UCUGCGUCGCGACGUCAGUUGAUUCGACAGUGAUGGGAAGUCGAGCGAGUGCUGGUGAGUCUCUUCCAAACCAAUAAUAUCUCUCUAUUCUCUUUUAGUCACUUCAACAGGGAAGUAGGCAGGGCGAGUAAACGCUUCACCACCAGCCUUGAAUUGUUACCACUGUGAGUGUGCAGAAACUCUUCAUCCCCAUCGUCGGCUUUGUUCGAGGUUAAACUGCGAGGUUAUCGUCUCAGUAACACUCUUGUAAGUAGUGGCCGUUACUUUAGCUGUGUGCUGUCUGGCUAAGUUGUUAGCUGUAAACGGUAGUUUAGGUUUGUUGCUGCUGGUCAGAUCAUGUUAUCAUAAUAACAGCAUGGGCUGUUGACAGGGCGGUUGUGGUGAAGGCUCCACAAACCUGUUUAUUGUCAGCAUAAUCUGACCUCUUUUUUAAGAGUUGUUGUAGCCGAAUAACCCAUGAGCAUCAAAUUGUCACCCUUGAUGCACCUAAUAAAUGAGCCGCACAAAUCCAGGUCUGUGGCGGUGUUGUGCACAAAGCUUUAGCCCUCUGUAUACAGGAUUUGGUGGAGGAUUUGACUAAUAUCAUUAUAGUUUGGUGUGGGGCUAUUCCUGGGUGCUAAUUAGUGACCAACUGACAGAAAUCCACGUGCAGUCCUUGUUGGUGCUGUCUUAUGUUGUUUUGCACAUCUAUGUAAGAUGACAUGAUUGCAGAAAUGAAGAUUUCUGUUUUAAAAUUACUGACAUUAAUGUAAAACAGAGGUACUUCCUGAUUUUACCUAUUGCUGCAACUUGAAAUGAGGCACAAUGAAAUCAAAGUUCAUCACAGUUUUAUAUUUAAACCAGCAAGUUUGUUACUAUGAUUUUAGUUACUUUGUGCAAAUUUAAUUUUGACCUCCUAGAUCUCCUGAAAAAGCCUUUGGGGUCCAAACCAGUAGUUCAUGUCAUGUAAUACUUCACUUUCUACUGUGAGCGCUUAAGUUUUUAACUGUUUGGAUCAAAGUGCCUGAUUAACUUCUAAUGCUGCUGACAUUUUUCUGCAUACUUAAUGAACUACACAGUUUAAUGAAGUAUCAAACACUAAGAAAAGUUUAAUCCAGGUGUUAAGAAGAUGAAUAUUUAGAUGAGUAUUUCCUACAGGUCAGCUAAUCCACUACUAUACAGUACAGCUACAGUACUUAGGCAAGUGUUCUCUCUGAUAUUGAGUCUUUACCUUGUACAAAAAUGUAAAAGAAAAAUGCACAAAGUCAGAAAAUGUAACUUCAGCAGAGUCGUGUUUUUCUUUCCUGUCAAAUGACCUUAAACUACAGUCACUCCUCAUGAUAAUUCCACUUUGCUUGUGUUUGGUCUGUUAUUGUAUAACAGAUUUUUGGUUUGGCUUGUAAAAGAUUGAUAAAAAAAAAUUCCCUUGCUUUUUUUGUGGAUUCUAUUUUUAAUGACCUUUUUUUGUCUUUUUUUUGUCUGGUUAGAGAAAAUGACCAACAUCCCCCUCUCUCGCUCGGAGGUGUUUGGCGAGCUGAGGAAGGAGCUGCAUGAAGAUGAGAAGUUCCGCCAUUCAGACGCUCAUAUCUUCAUCAUUAUGGGAGCAUCGGUGAGUGCAGGGAAAGGGGAUUCAGAAACAAUCCAGUAUACAACAGCAAAACUGAUAAUGCAGUGUGCUUUCAUCUGUUUAACAAAAGAGCUAAUUUUUUUAUAUGUAAGAGACCUUCAUGACCAACCAGAAGCAUGUCAGGUAUUAUUUUCUGUUUCCUUUUUUAUCAUGUUUGCUCAUUUACAGUUGAGCCAUUUUUUUGUCAUGGUGUGUUUAAUGGUGUGUAUGUGGGUGUGUAUUUUAAAUAACUUAAAGAUAGCACAUUAGGUGAUAAGGAAAUGUUGAACCAGUCUUAUGCAAACAAGCACCUCUCAGGCAUCUGAGCCUGUGAAAGUCUCAAGUUGAGAAAUAAAAACCUCAAACUUCCUCUUACUUAGUACCUAAAUAGUAUGUGAAACCUUUGACUGAUUGUAUAAAACUUGUCUUAAUUGAACAUUACUUUGCUUAAAACAGACAUAUUUGUGGCAGAAAUGUGUUUGCAAUUACUUUGAAGUCAAGUCAAACACAAAAACAGUAAAAUAUGACUUUCUGGUGAUGAAAUACAGCACCAAAGAAUAGAUAAGUCAAACUUGCAGUCUUAGCAAGCAUUGAAUAUGAGUACAGUUUUAGAUUAAUAGAUUGUAAUUAAGACUUAAGAUCGACCUAAAUAUUGGUCUCCAAUGCACAAACCCAACUGUGGCCUAUAUCAAUCCUGUACUGCUGAAUAAAGUAGAAAAAAUACUUCCACAGUUAGGUAAUAAGAGUAGCCUGUCCUGUCCAGUUUUCUAUUUCCUCAUACUGCUCAGUUGUCCAGUUCAGGAAGUAAAACCACUUCAGGAAUUCUUGUAGAAAUGUUUCCUCAUUUCUGUCUCACCAACUGUUUUCCUCUUCACUUGCCAUAGUGUGUCUUUUUCACAUGAUUCUCUGGGGUGUUAUUACUUCAUCUGUGUCUUUCUUUGUGUGGAGUGUAUAGUGGAGAUGUGUGACACUGUUGCUGUGUUUUUUUUUUUUUUUGCAGUGUCACUGACAGUCAGCGCUUUUCUUUCAAUGCCAGACACAGGCAGGUCAGGGCAGGCAGGGCUGUUUGCAGUCUGUGAUUAAACAUGUUUUAUAUACAUGGGUGUGCAUUGCUGUUGUUGUUUUCCCUUCCAUGUUUAUCAAGAAGUCAGUACCAGGAUAUAUAUGCUAUGCUGUUAAAACAAGUGCUUACUGUUACCCUUUUAACUGCUGUUCAGGGCUAAAAAGUUAUAGUCUGAAAAGUUUAAGAGGCUUGCCCUUUUCAUAUGAUGUAAGACACUGUGCGCGCCAGAUCGGCUCAAAUGAAUUACGUACUUCUUAUCCUAAGAGCGCCACUUUAGAUUUCUCUGACUAUAGCAGCUCUUAAUUAUUCUUUAGACUUAAUAGUUCCUUGAUUAUUUCCUUUGAUUUAUCAGCGAUUAGUUGACAUUUUUUUUACAUUCCAGCAAAUUAUGCAAAAUAUUGUCGCUCUUUCUCAAAGCCUAAAGUGACUUGUUGAAACAUGUUGCUUUGUUUAAAGCCCAAAGGUAUUCUGUUUGCUGUCAGAGAGACGAAAGAAGAAAAGAGAAAAUGUACAUGUUACGCAAGGUCAAAACCAGAAUUUUUACUUUUGUUUCUCUUUAGACGACCCAGAUUGUAAGUGAUUGAUGAUGUGGUCAACCACGAACAGAGUAUUGUAGCUCCACUCUGUAUAACUGUUAAUAAGACACCGUUCUUUUAUUUUCAUUGAACACUUCCAGCACACAACCUUGAAACGUGGAGUAAAGUUACAAGUCAAUCCUGCCUGAUGAAAUUAGUGCCCCAGAGGAAGAUAUAAGGAUGUAAUUGUGGUUAAUAGUACUGCUCAAAGGGAAUGACUUUUGAUUUAAUCAGCUGCUUUUGUCUUUCUAUUCGUAAUAAGUUGGUCAUUUUCUGAUAACCAGGUUUUUAAAGAAGGUUCAGUAUCACUUCUACAAAUGGCUUAAGAGUUUGUCUUUGCAACAACCACACAGUAGUGUACAGGUUUGCAUUGCCAGCUUGAUGAUAUGUUAAAUGUUGGGUGCCACCCAUCACAGGUAUGCAUGUAUCCGGUACAAUGUUUCAGUUAUAUAUUUCAGAGAAGCAUUUGAAAAUAUCAGACCAGAAUGUAUUUAGUUUGGGACAGACUGGAGUAGUUAGAUUUGAAAAGUCUAAAUUCAUCUUAAUUAGAUUCAGUCAUUAUUAUCAGUCUAUUCUGACUGCAGUCUCUCUGGUACAGUAUCACAGUAUCAUGCAAAUACAGACACAGAAAUAAAGGCACUUUUAAACUGUGUUGGUUGUUUUGUUUCUGUAUCUGAAGUUACACAAUUCUUAAAUAAGCCAAAGCAGCCGACUUACCUGCUGCCAGACAGUGUGGCCUGUUUUACAGUAUCAUUUUACACCUUUGCAUCAUGGAACAUGAUGGCUUCCUUGGCAGAUUACACCUGACAAAUAAGCAGUUAAAGUAACCCUCACACAUGACAUCAACGCUCAGUCAUUGUGGAGGCAACCUGUUUGUAAUUUUGAAGUGACGCUAUUUGUCUGAUUGUGUGUUUGCACCUGUAGGGAGAUCUGGCUAAGAAGAAAAUCUACCCAACUCUAUGGUGAGUGAACUCCUGACCCCGGUGUACUGGUGCAAGGAUUUUCUGUGGAAAGAUACUCCUCUAAUCUGGACUUGAUCUUCUGAAGUGUGGCGUAAUAAUAAUGGACCAUAUGUUUCUCUGCUCUGUAACACAGGUGGUUGUUCAGGGACGGCCUCCUCCCUGAACAGACGUAUUUUGUGGGCUUUGCUCGCUCUGAUUUGACGGUUGAUGCCAUCCGAAGUGCUUGUAUGCCAUACCUGAAGGUAAAUCUGGGUUUCAAAAUGUGUUACACCUCACCCUUUCAGUAUCAAACAGAAAACAGACACAGUUAGUUAUUUACUAGUAAACUAUUUAUAUCAAGGUUUCUAACACUGGGAUUAAAGAAGAGCUUCAGGGCUUCACAUUUCUCACAGAAAGACAUGAGUGUUUAUGCAACCUUUGUGUUUAACACCUUUUAUAUGUAAAUAAUAAAAAGCUAAAACAAUGUAAAUUUAAAAGGUGGAGAAAUGUUAAUGUAGUACUUGCAGAUUGUAUUUACCACCACCAAGUGGCCAAAUACAGUUAUAGCUGGCUUUCAUUAUGCCAGCUCUUAGAGGAGAUCACAAAGGCAGUUUGUUCAGACCAAGAGCCUUAUCAGAAAAAGCAGUCAAUCUUUCCAUCACAGGUUUUGUUUACUAUACAGUUUCUUUGGUUCCUUUGUAAUAAUAAAAUCCACUCAUGCUUAGUCAUUUUCACCCCACCCUCUCACCCAGGUGACGGACACAGAGGCAGAGCGGUUGUCUGCCUUCUUCAGCAGGAACACGUACAUCAGUGGGAAAUACGCGGAUGAGGCUUCCUUCACCAAACUCAACACUCACAUCCACUCUCUGCCCGGUGGACCCGAGGCAAACCGCCUCUUCUACCUGGCUCUGCCGCCCACCGUGUACCACGAUGUUACCAAGAACAUUAAACUCUGCUGCAUGAGCACAAAGUCAGUAUGCACACCUGCAGGUUCACUUAGCAUUAUGUCCUGCUAUAUCAAGUCUUUUAAUUCUUUAACUGCAGAUAUGAAUCCUUGUUGGUCUAAAUCCUGCUCUCUCCAGCCAAAACUGUCUGUCUGCUUCUGUACCUUGUUGAAAGAAAUGUCUGCAAACUUUAUGUUGCGAUCUUUGUCUUGUUUAAGUUUCAAAUCUCAUCCAAAGUGAAUCCCACAGAGUUCAAAAAUAGCCUGAUUCAAUUGUGUCCCACCCAUCUUGUAUGUUUUGCAGAGGCUGGAACAGGGUGAUCGUAGAGAAGCCAUUCGGACAUGAUCUUCAGAGCUCUGAAGAGCUGUCCACUCACCUCUCCUCCCUCUUCACUGAGGAUCAAAUCUACCGAAUCGAUCACUAUCUGGGCAAAGAGAUGGUGCAAAACCUCAUGGUGCUCAGGUAAGGAAUAUCGAAGAUUUUAUCUGUUUUAAGUAAGCCCUGUAAAGAGUUUGAAUCUGAUAUAAGCAAGAUUGAAGGUGGUUGGUGAUCACGUGGUAAAGAACAAAGCUCCAGAGUCUGAUGUACUUGAAUUUCUUGUCACUAGAUGAUUGGAAACUAUAAAGAUAAAACGCCUACUAAUAGUUCUAUAAAGUGCUAACACAAGGUCGAAUUAGAAUAGAUAUUUUCUCUCCUUACAUUGUUUGUUUCUGUGUGUGAAAAAUAAAUUUAGAUAUUUCACUUUUUCCCACAGGAGAUUUAAGGUGAUAUGAAUGAUGCGACACUUCAUUUUCAGCUGAUAAUGACUCAGGAAAUUCUUUUAGAGUACCAUACAAAGACAACACAAUUCAACCUCUGAGCAAAGAGGACAAUGUUGUCAGGAACGGCUGUCUUUUCAUGCUGUGAACAUCACAUGCUCACUCGGUGUUCAUUUCAGGUUUGGGAACCGUAUCUUCGGGCCCAUCUGGAACAGGGACAGCGUGGCCUGCGUUGUUCUCACCUUCAAAGAACCGUUUGGCACUCAGGGACGAGGAGGCUACUUUGAUGAUUUUGGCAUCAUCCGGUAAGCAGAAAAACAUACACAGCUCAUAUAAAAUGUUGUCCUUCUAUUUGUAUAUUAAACUCGAGCAGCUCAGUGCAAGCUUUUAUUUGCUAGGUGGUACAAGGGUUGGACUAGUUUGAUCGCCAUCAUCAAAGGAUUGUAACGGACAUGAUCACAGCCAUCGCUUCCUCUUUCUUUUCUUUGUUUGACCACCUGCUUUCUUUGUCUUCACCAGCGAUGUCAUGCAGAACCACUUGCUCCAGAUGCUCUGCCUGGUUGCCAUGGAGAAACCAGCAUCGACCAGCUCAGAUGAUGUCAGGGAUGAAAAGGUACAAACCUGACACCCUCAACACUUCCUGGAUUCGAGUGUGAAGAGAGAUUUUACAUGAUGGUUAAUGAUGGUUUCUCCUUGUAGGUGAAGGUGCUGAAGUGCAUCGCUCCCGUGUCCAUGUCAGACGUGGUGCUGGGUCAGUAUGUGGGGGAUCCAGAGGGUGAAGGAGACGCCAAACUGGGCUAUCUAGAUGAUCCCACCGUUCCUAAAGGAUCCACUCAGGCCACCUUCACCACCGCUGUGCUCUAUGUGCACAAUGAGCGCUGGGAUGGUAAACAAAUUACUCUCCUAAAAAUAAAACCCGACUAAUGUCACAUUUUCUACAGGGCUUUGUAAUGCGGUAUCAUUCUAAUUAUGCGUCCCCAGGUGUUCCUUUCAUCCUCCGCUGUGGAAAAGCUCUGAACGAGAGGAAAGCCGAGGUGCGGCUGCAGUUCACAGACGUCCCAGGGGACAUUUUUGGGAACACUUGCCGCAGGAAUGAGUUGGUGGUGCGCGUGCAGCCCAACGAAGCCGUCUACGCCAAGAUGAUGAGCAAGAAGCCUGGUGUUUACUUCAGCCCUGAGGAAACUGAGCUGGACCUCACCUACAAGAGUAGAUACAAGGCAGGUUUAAGUUUCUGUCUGUGGGCUUGUACUUAGAAAAUCAAAAAUAAGGCAUUAAAAAAAGAGACAGUAGGAGAUAAACACUAAUUUUAAAUACCAAAAUUAGAUGACGGCUAAUGAUGUAAAUUUUGCGCAAAAAAAAAGUUAUAUUUGUGCUUAGAUUAAAGUGGUUAAUUUACAAAAAUACUGAAAUCUUUCAAAAGAAAAAAAUAGAAAUAUCUGUGGGAUUCAGCCAUAAUUUUUAACAGAAUGCAUAUAUUUUAAGAUUAAAGUAAAAAAAUAUUUUGGUUUUUUUUAGCCCAGAAAAACUUUGUAAGUUGUCUCAAAUGCUAUUCUACAUCUCUACUUUUAUUUUUCCUUUUUUUUAAAAUUUAAACUCAUUUUUGCACUUUUAAUUUGUUCUUUUAUGAAAAGAAAUAAAACAUUUUUGUCUCAUUAUCAGGAUGUGAAGCUGCCAGACGCCUAUGAACGCCUCAUCCUUGAUGUCUUCUGUGGGAGCCAGAUGCACUUUGUACGCAGGUGCGUCUUUGCUCUACACUUCUUUCCUCCUGCGCUGAGCUCAUAUAUCCACUAGGUGGCGACAAAGUGCACGUCUUGGCUGCAUUAGCAUGUUUUAUAUUUUCUGUGACACUACUCACUGCCAAGUGUUUCAUGUUUCUUCAGUGAUGAACUGAGGGAAGCGUGGAGGAUCUUCACUCCUCUUCUUCAUCAGAUAGAGAGAGAGAAGCCCAAGCCCAUUCCUUACAAAUAUGGAAGGUAGGAAUAUUUCUCACUCACUCUCAAAGCUGAGGGGAAAAAAAAUAACCACAGGGGGUUGAUUGUAAAUGUUUUCCUCUCUUUCUUCACAGCCGUGGCCCAGCUGAGGCUGAUGACCUCUCGAAGAGGGUCGGAUUCCGCUAUGAAGGCACUUAUAGAUGGGUCAACCCUCACAGACUGUGAACUGUGAUGAGAUGAGGGAAGAGUAGAGGUAUGAGUUAGGAAAGUAGGAGGGUUUGCAGCAGAGUGAGCCAUGUCAUGUUCCAACACUGGGUUGUCUUUGUGAAAGGAGGUGUUUCCACUGUGUGGAUCUGUUGAGGUAGCAGUAAGGACCAGAAUAGUUAUUUAAAGAAAAUAGAGUAUUUCUCAGGUAUAGCAAAUAUUCCUUGGAGCUACUUCAUCAGACAUCAAAGCGUUAUUAAUUUAUCCUUAAAUCAUGGGCCCAUGCUCCAGUUUUUUUCUUAAUCCACACAUUCCUCGCAGCUUUCUGUCUGUAAUUUGAGACGUGGGACCAUGUCAGUUGGAGAGGGAACAGAAUAAUCUGAGCCAGGACACUCCUUCAAACAAAAUAACUGCCUGAUGAUGUAGCUCCAAAUCAGUGUGAAUUAGGUCUUAGUUUGUCAGGAUGGAAAAGAGGAAAAAAAAGAGCACAACAACAACAACGACAAAUCACAGCUGAGCCACGCUCACCCAGUGUCAGAACUGUACUAAAGGCAGUCAUUGAACGCAGCGGAGAAGAGGAACACAGGCUUGAUUGUUCAUCACCAUUCACUCUUAAAACAUUGUGAUUGUAAUACCGUUCUGCUUUUACUGCUUUUAUUCCUCAGACUUAUAUCUUACAACUUCCACAUCUUAUUUUCUACCCUCUUCUUCCUGUGAGUGAAAAGGCUGACUGUCUUAGCAUAACAGACUCUGUGGUUUACAAAGAGUGAUGGAGGCAGUCUCUCAUGAAACCAUUUAUACUGCAAUAGUCUUAAGUGUUCUUAUAAACUAGCAGAACAAGCUCUCUGUCUUGUUUAGUAGCCUCCCUCUGAGCUUUAUUCCCUUCUUUGUUUACAUUAUUUUUUUUCAAGUUUAAGUUGCUGAUGUUCAUAUUAUAUUUUCAACAUAUUCACUCAGCAGCAGUGUCCACCACUCAACAGUGAAUGUCUUUGUAACGACAUCCUGUAUGUAGACUGCUGUCAACUGCACUCUUACAUAUAAAGCUAGCUACAUUUCCACUACUUGUAAUAAAAUAGUUUAUCUCUCUGUGUUUGUCCCUCAUGCUUCAGUGUACAGAAGAUUUUUGGUGCCUCAAACAUCAAAAUGUCUGAGUUAUAUAACGAUGGCUGUAUGUCCAAAAUCAGUAGUUUUAAAGGGAUCAUUCAUGUGUUAAUGGGAUGCUGUGUUCCACAUAUUCAUAUGACCAACACAGGCACGUGGCAGAGAGUGUGAAUAUCUACAAAUAAUCUUACUCUGUCAUUUGCCAACCACAGGAUGGACAGGACCACACAGAACACAGGACUCGUAUUAAAAAAUUAAGUUACAAUUGGGAUUAACAGUCUUUUGUGAUGUGUUUAUACCUCUGGGUAUCACUGACAUCUAUUAAGGAUUGACCCUUGAGCCUGACACUGACACCCAAAUACCAAAUGCUGGUCAGGCGGGCAGCCCUAGUUCGAUACCCACUCGACACGCAGGAGAUCCUGAAGCAAAUCCUGGGGAACCAGGCCCGGGGGGUGGGGGUUCCCCCCGGUGUUUCCAGAGAGGUAAAAUGGGGGGGGUUAUCAGCCAGGAAGUCAGAGGUGGCUGAAAUUUUAAAGAAAGAUGACAGAAAACUUGAAAAGUUUAGUGACUAAUUAAAUAAGACUGAUGACUAUAUCAUCUUUAUUAUAGUCAGAAGAAAGAUGACUAUAAUAUAGAAGACUAUUAUAGAUUACUAUUAGUAGUAGACUAUAGUCGUCUAUAUUAUAAGAAAGUUGACUAUAAGACUAGUCAACUUUCUUAUAAGUCAUCUCUAUUAUAGAUGACUUCUUAUAAAAAAGACUUUAGUCAUCUUUAAAUAAUAGCAUUAUAGUCAUCUAUAUAUAGAUGACUAUCAUAUACUAUUAUAGUUGUCAUCACUAUAAUGACUAUAUUAUUAGUCAUCUAUAUAUAGAUGACUAUAUUAUAGUGAUGAUGACUAUUAUAGUCAUCUCUAGUAUAGAUGACUUAUAAAGAGACAUCUAUAAAUAAUAGUAUUAUAGAUGACUUUCUUUGUCUUUUCUUUUUCAUUCAAUUGUCUUUCUUUCUUGGUUAGUUUCUUCAAAAUUCCAGCCACCUCUGACUUCGUGCCUCAUAACCCCCCUGUUUUACCUCUCUGGAAACACCGGGGGGAAACCUCCCCCCGGGCCUGGUUCCCCAGGAUUUGCUUCAGGAUCUCCUGCGUGUCGAGUGGGUAUCGAACUAGGGCUGCCCGCCUGACCAGCAUUUGGUAUUUGGGUGUCAGUUGCAUACCCCCAGCGCCACCGGAUACCGUCCGCACUUGGGGAUGAGCUUCGCGCCCUUUUAUUUUGGAACUUUGGCUCUUGGACUUUUAAAAUUGGUCCUGGAUAAGGUUUGAACCUGCAACCUCCGGAGUCCCAGUCAGUCUCCUUAUCCACUGAGCUAUGUGGACCUGCAGACAUUUUCUGGUUUUCUCCUAUUUGACUGCCCUUCGUAGACACUAGACUUUAAAAUUGACCUGAACUAGGCUAAGGCAAGGCUUGAACCCACAACUUUCAGGAUGCCAGUCGGCGUCCUUACCCUGUGAGCCACAUGGACACACAGGUGAAAUCCGGGUUUCUGCUAUUUGACUGUCCUUUGUAGACAGUAGACUUUAAAAUUCACCUUAUCCUGUUCAAGGUAAGGCUUGAACCCACAACCUCAGGAGUGGCAGUCAGUCUCCUUAUCCUCUGAGCCAUGUGGGCACGUAGGUGAAUUGUGGGUUUUUCCUAUUUGACUGUCCUUUGUAGACAGUAGAUUUCAAAAUUUCCGAGAUAAGGCUUGAGCUCACAACCUCAGGAGUCAUAGGCCGAGAGCCAGGAACACCUCACGUGCUGUUUUUUGCUACCUUUUUUCACUAUUAUUUCUUGUUAUCCUAUACUUUGGGCCAUAACAAGUUCAUACUGACCUUAUUUUAAAAAAAAACAAAAACUUGAAAUGAUGUAAUUGCAAAUAUUAGGGUGCUGCAACUGCAUAAAUGGUCAAAUAAGUCUGAAAUUUUGCUUGCUAUAUCCUUACACAUAGGGGAAACUACCAGAAUAAUAAUCUGGGUCUUACUACCAUUCUAUUGCCAAAUAUCACCCUCUGAAUACCCCAAAAGACCAAAAAAAGUCUGUCCGCCUCACAAAUUGUCAUCAAAAGGGAUCAUUUUCAAGUAUUUGGUUUGCCCCCAGGUGGACCAGGGUAUCAAGGUCCAACAUUAAACAUGAUCACACCAAAUUUGGGAACCAAAUAGGACAUUUAUUAAAGAACAAGAUCCGGACGAGGAAUAAAAAUGACGUGAACAUUUCUUAACAAUAGAUUAACAUUCUGUGCAACCUAAUGGAGAAAUAUGGAAAAAAAAGCUCAACCAUCAAACACAUUACUAUGGUCCUUUUUUUACUGUACUUUGACCACUAGUCAUAUCAAAAGACAAGAAAUCUUCGUCUUGUGUGUGUCCUCAUGCUUUCCUGUGGAUGGGGAUGCUGAAGAGUCCUCCUCAGAUGUUCUCCAUGGGGGGUCACUAGAUUAAAUAUUAUGAAUUCAGAGAGCCGUAUUCCUUCAAGGCAACCCGUUUAAUCAAGCAAUCCAACUCUAUCAGAAUUUCUUAUUGAUGAAUGAGAUGUUGAUGUCUGAGUCCCUCUUGUUUAGUUGGCGCUGAGUGUCCGGACGCACGCCUUGCCUUUUACCCCACACACACCCUCUAUUAUGUAGUGAGAUAGUACCGCAUCUCUUCAUCUCCAGCCAGCCUCCUUGACUUCUGAGACACAUGGACUCAGAGGUAUCAUGUUUGUUGAAGGUUUUGACUCUCCUCUCUAGACACAGGACUCACCAGGACCUGGAUAAGGGUUGGAACCUUGAACUUGAGGAGUUUAAAUCA